AUGAGUGAUCUCGCAGCAAUGGAGUCUGAAUCUCCCAAUAUCCCCACCCCUCGCGAAAUCCAACUCCCAUCCUCCGUCCCAACGCUCGAUCAAAUCCUCUCAGCAAACGACUUUGCUCUCGCGGCGCAAAAAGCGCUAUCACCUAAAGCAUGGGCCUUUUAUUCCUCCGCCGCCACCGAUCUCGUCACAGUCUCCAAGAACAAGGAACUCAUCCGCCGAGUCAUGCUGCGCCCGAGAAUAUUACGAAAUGUCAGUCAAGUCAGUAUCAAGAGAAACAUCUUGGGCUUGGAGAGCAAGGCGCCGUUUAUUAUGUGUCCUGCUGCCAUGGCGACGCUGGCGCAUCCGGAUGGUGAGCUUGGUUGGAGUAGAGCAGCUGCCAGUGAAGGAAUCUUUGAGAUUAUCUCGAGUAACGCUUCAUACUCCCUCCCCAACAUCAUCGGCGCAGCUCCCCCAGGCCAUCCCUUCUUCCUCCAACUCUACGUAAACUCGCACCGCCCCAAAACAAUCGAACUCCUCCGCCGCGCUCGCUCCCUCGGCAUAAAAGCCAUCUUCGUGACCGUCGACGCCCCCGUCCCCGGAAAACGCGAAGCCGAUGAGCGAGCCCCCCAAGCUGUUGUCAUAAAAUCUGCCAUGAGCGGCAGUGAGAGCAGUAAAGAUGGUAAGGGCAGUGGACUCGGACGGUUGAUGGGGCAGUAUAUAGACAAGAGCCUCUCGUGGGAGGAUUUGGAGUGGAUUAGACGGGAGAGCUCUGUGCCGAUUGUGCUGAAGGGUGUUCAGACUGUGGAGGAUGUCAAGUUGGCGGUUGAGUAUGGUGUUGAGGGUGUUAUGUUGAGUAAUCACGGUGGGAGGUCUCUCGACGGUGCUCAGGCUUCGAUCCUCAUACUUCUUGAGGUCCGGAAGCGGUUCCCUGAAGCGUUUGAACAUCUUGAGAUCUUCAUCGAUGGAGGCUUUGAGCGUGGAUCUGAUAUCCUCAAGGCUAUUGCCCUGGGAGCUACUGCUGUUGGUAUCGCAAGACCCUUCUUGUAUUCGUUGGUUUAUGGUCAAAAGGGUGUCGAGCACCUCUCACAGAUUCUAAAGGAUGAGCUAGAAACAUCAAUGAGGCUCGCGGGCAUUACUAGCCUUGAUCAAGCGACACCCGAACUUGUUAAUACUUUGGAUGUUGACCAUUUGGUUACAUCUGGACGUAUUGACCCAAGUUCAGUGUCACGAAGAGUAAGACCUUCAAAGCUGUAG